AUGUCAUCGUCAUCAAAAAGUAUCAAAUUAACAUCUCGACCUGCAUUCGCUCGACAUAUUCCAACUGUUCAACCAACAAGAUCUAUAAUAUCCACGUAUUUACUCGAUCAACAAUCUGAUUCAAGAACUGGUUCAUUGGUUAUAAUUGAAAUUGAGAAUGGCGAGUUGAAAAUUGAAAAAGAAAUUUCGACAAGUGCCGGAGUUUUUCGAUUCGAUUUUCGAAAUGAAUCACAAGUUAUUGCUGCCUUAACUGAUGGUUCUUUAGCUGUUCAAAACAUUGAUGGUAUGCUUUAAUUUUCAUUUUUUAGAAAAUUUUAAACAAUCUUCAGGUUCCAAAGAAUCCGAAAACAUUCCUGUCUCAUCUGAUAUGCUUCUCGAUCUCGCUCUUUCUGAUUCCUCAUUGACUGCUACAACAGAUAAUAAGGUUUGAAAUUUCAUCAAAAAUAAUCAAAUUCACAAAAAUUUUUAAAGGGUAUGGCUUAUGUCGUGGAUCUCAAUACUUCUCUAGUUGUUUCAAGUUGGUUGGCUCACUCCUUACCAUAUGUUACUGAUAAUCAAGGUUGUGAAGUUUGGUCUUGUACAAUGAACAAAUCAGGGGAUCUUGUUGCAACUGGUGGAGAAGAUGCAUCUAUGAAGUAAGCUUGAUAAAUUAGAUGUUUUUUUUAAAUAAUAUUAUUUUUCUAAGGUUUUGGGAUGUGCGAACUCGUACUUCAACAGGACAAUGCAAACUUUUUGAAGCAGGCGUUGUUUUUGUUGAUUUCUGGGAUGAUAAUCAAUUGAUUACGGGAAGUUAUGAUGAAUAUGUUCGAAUUUUGGAUCGACGAAAUCUCAAACAAUCAGUUAAUGAGAAAAAGGUAUGUUUUUUUUUAAAUAAGUUUUUGAGCAAAUUUAUGGAUGACGUUGUUAGUAUAAUCCUGAACACAUGGAUUUUUAUUAAUAAUUCGACAUUUUCCGAAAACAUUAGGGUUAUACAGGUACUAAAACUGUAAAUUUCUAGAUUUUGGUGUUGAAUAACCUCACAUUCUAUCUUUAUUUUCCAGCUUUCCGGCGGUGUUUGGAACAUCGAACGAUCAGAUGAUAAAUUAUGCGUUGCUUGUAUGUAUGGAGGAUAUAUGAUUCUUGAUCAAAAUUUGGAAACAGUUCGGAAGAACGAAGAUGCGGGUCGAAAUUUGUUGUAUGGUGCGACUUUGAUGGCUGAUGAUAAUGUUAUAUAUUGUACUUUCAAUGAUUAUCUUGUUGUUUUGGAAUAA